UGAAAGAAAAAGAGGCGGAAUGGAAGAUUUGCAGGCAGUCUUCGAUGUCCAUCCAUAGGCGGCGGUAAAACGCGCUUUAAAGUGAACGGCUUGGCAUUGCUGUGUUUGCAGUAUACCGGUAGGUUAGAGGAAACGCAGUGAACAGCAUUGGUUCAGUCUUCGACCGUGAAGAGUACCCAGCUUAUCGGCCAGGAGACAUGGGGAACACUGUCGCCCGAGAAGACUUCGAGUGGGUUUAUACAGACCAGCCGCAUGCUGACCGGAGAAAAGAAAUCCUAGCAAAAUACCCGGAGAUCAAGUCGCUGAUGGGCCCCGACACACGACUCAAGUGGGUGGUCUGCAUGAUGGUGGCGGUGCAGUUUUUGGCCUUUUACCUCGUGAAGGACCUGGAAUGGAAGUGGCUCUUGUUCUGGACUUACGUUUUUGGCAGCUGCAUCAACCACUCCAUGACUCUGGCCAUUCACGAAAUCUCUCAUAACACGGCAUUUGGCAACAGCAAGGCGGUGUGGAACCGCUGGUUUGCCAUUUUUGCCAACCUCCCCAUUGGUCUGCCGUAUUCGGCUUCUUUCAAGCGGUACCACCUGGACCACCACCGCUACCUCGGCGGGGAUGGCAUCGAUGUGGACAUACCCACGGACUUUGAGGGCUGGUUUUUCUGCACACGAAUGCGCAAAUUCUUUUGGAUUGUUUUACAGCCGCUCUUCUAUGCCAUCCGCCCGCUGUACAUCAACCCAAAGCCCAUCAGUCAGUUGGAGGUGAUUAACCUGGUGGUUCAGUUCUCUUUUAACAUUGCCCUCUACUACCUGUGGGGAGUCAAGCCUGUUGUGUACAUGCUGGCAGGGUCCAUGCUUGGCAUGGGGAUGCAUCCAAUCUCGGGCCACUUCAUUGCAGAGCACUACAUGUUUCUGAAGGGUCACGAGACCUACUCUUACUAUGGAUCCCUCAAUCUGCUCACCUUCAAUGUUGGAUACCACAACGAACACCACGACUUUCCCAGUAUUCCUGGACGAAGGUUACCAGAGGUCAAGAAAAUUGCCUCCGAGUACUACGAGCACCUUCCUCAGUAUACCUCCUGGGUGAAAGUACUGUACGAUUUCAUAAUGGACGACACCCUUAGCCCUUACUCUCGUAUUAAAAGAAAACUCAAGGGGGAAGUUAAACAAGAAUAAAUUGAUGGCAAAGAGCUGAACUUGUGGAGAUGUCCAACUGCUUUGGCAAGACGCCAUUUGUGUGCGUGUGUGUGUGUGUGUUCGUUCCAAUUCCUGGGAGUUGCAUUCUUGUUCUCGCAUAAAGAAUCACUGAAAAGUGGCGCUGCAGCCUCUGCCCUGUCCUCGCCCUGCCACUCGUGAUCAUGUCGGCUUUUGUUUUGUUCUGUAAUGGGAUGCACUUGGGGUUUUUUUAUUUUUUGUUUUUAUCCUGGAGUUUCAUGUGUAAAUGUCUAUGGAUGAAUGGAUGGAUUCCAGGAAAAGCUCUUCCAAACAAAGAAUACGCCCAGAAAAGAGAAACACCACAAAGAAUGAGAGGGCUUAUCUGUUGUCUUUAUUUUUUUGUUAUGUGAAUUCCGAAUUGAUGCUGCCAUGAAUCCCACCUAAUAACCCUGGGAUUCGGUUUCAAAAGGCCCUGCACGUCUGCUUUAUUUUUUUUAACCCCCGAGCAGGAGAGACGAGGGGCUGCAUGACCUUCUUGAGGUUUGCUUUUCAACACUGAUGCCACCGUCCCCUCGAGUGGAGCUGCAGCUACACAGCCAGACGUGACUGACUAGAUGUCUGCUACUUCAACGCUAAAUCAUGAGAUGAAACUCGUGCCUUUCCAAAGGUGGGCCAUGUUGAGGUUCAUAGAAAAUGCAAACCCUUAGACGGCACCCUCUCUGCUGCUCCAUUUUGGAAAUUUGAACAGACGCCUUUUAUCACGAGCGCCUGACAGUUGGCGUGCUUUGUGUGUUGGUAAGCCUGCAGCUUCCUGUGUGAUGUUUUCUCAUUCUGAUAUUUCAACGCACACCCAGCGUUCUUAACAUUCCCCUUUCUAAGCACAGCUGCUUUAAGCCGAAGCUUCACCUUUGAGCGUGUGUGUGUGGAUUGACGUGUUCUCUUUAUGUGCACUUUGUAAAAUGACGGACUGAAUUCUUUUUACCUUCAUCAGUAUUAAGUGCAAGAGUGAAUGUUAUGGCUCAUUGUCCAGACGCGUCACACGUUUGUUGCCAGUUCCACCACUUGCACAGGUGGACACUGACGGUCCGGAGUUUGUGUAAACUCGACGUCUGAUUCCAGCGGUGAUUUGCUAGUUAUUUCCAUAAUAAAUUAUAUUAAUUCUAAUGAGA